AUGCGCCCACGUCAGUGCGCCCUGAGUGGGACCGCGUCUCUGCCUUCUCCCGGCUCCAUUCACUCCCCACAGCGUCUCCACAUCAGCCCUCUCUCUUUCCGCCGCCUGCACCGCUCCGUUCUCGGCUUUUCCAGACACUGCGCGUCGCUCCAGAGCAGGACUACACCUCUAUGCUCCCCACGCCCGCCUGCGAGCCUUUGUGGCAGGGCAGCCGAGCGCGCACGCAUCUGUCCACGGUCCCACUGUAAACGCAUGCGUGGCUGUCUGGAUUACAGCCUGGACUACAGCCUGGACUACACCCUGGACUACAGCCUGGACUACAGCCUGGACUACAGCCUUGACUACACCCUUGACUACAGCCUUGACUACACCCUUGACUACACCCUUGACUACAGCCUGGACUACAGCCUGGACUACAACCUGGACUGCAGCCUGGACUACAGCCUGGACUACUGCCUGGAUUACAGCCUGGACUACAGCCUGGACUGCAGCCUGGACUACAGCCUGGACUACAGCCUGGACUACACCCUGGACUACAGCCUGGACUACAGCCUGGACUACAGCCUGGACUACACCCUGGACUACAGCCUGGACUACAGCCUGGACUACACCCUUGACUACACCCUUGACUACAGCCUGGACUACAGCCUGGACUACAGCCUGGACUGCAGCCUGGACUACAGCUGGACUACAGCCUGGACUACAGCCUGGACUACAGCCUGGACUACUGCCUGGAUUACAGCCUGGACUGCAGCCUGGACUACAGCCUGGACUACAGCCUGGACUACUGCCUGGAUUACAGCCUGGACUGCAGCCUGGACUGCAGCCUGGACUACAGCCUGGACUACAGCCUGGACUACUGCCUGGAUUACAGCUCCUGUGGUUCUCCUUUUAAUUUCCCCGCAGAGUGAUGAGGAGAAAACAAAUGAAAAUCAAGUGUUUAUACCGCGGUGA